GAUCCGCAGGGUAGAGCCGCCUAGUCUAGGUAUAUUCACAUUAUUUGGGCAUCCUUUCAUUUCUCGAACGCCGUGAUUAUGCAGUUCGUCCACUUAAACCUAGGUAGCUGAACAGAAGUGCUUAUACCACACAGCUGCUUACUCUUUCUCGAUGUUCGUCCUAAAUGUAAUGGGUAGUGUGAAGCGCCUGAGCGAUGUCCGCGGACGGAGCAAACCCUCUGCGGGCCAUCUGACAGAAUCCCUUUCAUCUGAGCCGCGCUUCAAGAUACAUCCGCGGCCAUGUUCGCGGAGCACGGAGAUCAGUAUCUGCUAGUAAGAAAUAAAAGUAAAGACAAUAUGUCUCGGUGCUGAAUUGGAGAGAAUUGCCUAUUUACUGAACCAAGCCGUCAAUGAAAACUCAUCAAUUCCUCGACGCGGCUUGACGACGUGAGACUCCAGUUCAGAUGUCACCCUCACUAGAUUCCACGAUUGACUUGGAGCUUACCGAGGGUUUCGCCGUUCGAGAUGUAGGAAACAAGGACAGCACCGACGUGGAAGCUGGCCGCAUCAGCUUAAGGGCACUCUCCAAGCAAGAGCCUCUUCUGGUAGACUGGUCUGGGCCUGAUGACCCCGAGAACCCGCAGAACUGGCCGGGCAAGAAGAGCUUCGGACAUGUCAUCAUCGUUGCCGUGCUGUCCAUGAUCGUGAAUAUCGCCGCCACCGCCGUGGCUCCCGGUGUCUCCGGCCUAGUGAAGGACUUCCAUAUCCAGAGCGAGACGGUCGCAACUCUAACCGUGACCAUCUACCUGCUUGGUUUCGCCCUCGGCCCGCUCUUCAUCUCUGCCUUCUCGGAGAUGUACGGUCGCUUGGUUGUCUACCACGCCAGCAACUUAGUGUUCAUCGCAUUCGUCAUCGGUUGCGCCUUGAGUCGUAACACCGCCGAGUACUUCGUUUUCCGAUUCAUCUCAGGUUUUGCAGGCGCCGCCCCCGUGACCAUCGGAGGAGGUACCAUUGCCGACGUAAUACCGCUAGAGAAGCGCGGGCUCGCAAGCGCUCUUUUUGGGCUUGGACCUCUUCUCGGACCUGUUAUUGGUCCCGUCGUUGGGGGAUUUUUAUCAGCAGGCCCGGGAUGGCGCUGGACAUUUUGGCUUGUCGCGAUUCUAAGCGGUAUCGCAUCUAUUGGCACUUUUAUUUUCAUGCGCGAAACGCAUCCGAACAUUCUUCUAGAACGCAGAGCUGCCCGACUGCGUCGUGAGACGGGUGACCUAGCGAUCAAAUCCAAAUUCGACAAGGGCCUGAAGGGGAGCCAGGUCCUGUUCGCGUCGCUGGUUCGCCCAACCCAACUCCUGAUUUUCUCGCCGGUCGUGCUCAUCAUGUCAAUUUUCGUCGCUCUCGUCUUCGGCUUACUUUACCUACUAUUUGCAGCAUUCUCCCCCUUGUUCGAGGACAUUUACGGCUUCAGUACCGGCGUUUCAGGGUUAUCUUACCUAGGUAUCGGCAUUGGUGAGCUUGUUGGUCUCGUCGUGUUCGGGGCGUUAAGCGACAAGAUAUUACAGAAGCGCAUGGCAGCCGACAAAACCUCUGAGCAUAAACCAGAAUAUAGACUCAUCAUGAUGAUCUGGUUUUCGCCUAUCAUCGGUGGGGGACUAUUCCUUUUUGGCUGGACUGCUCAGUACCACAUACAUUGGAUUGUCCCCAUCAUUGGAACUUUCUUGGUCGGAUACGGCUCAUUCUUUGUCAUCCUGCCGUCGCAACUGUAUCUAGUCGACUUAUUUGGCUCCGAGGCCGCCGCCAGCGCGCUCGGGGCUAAUACGCUUCUCCGUUCACUCUCCGGUGCUUUUUUGCCUGUAGCAGGUCCUAGCCUGUUUUCUACUCUGGGCUAUGGUUGGGGAAACACACUUCUAGGGUUUCUCGCCUUGGGCUUUGCUGCAGCCCCGAUCUUUUUCUAUAAGCGAGGGGAAUGGCUGCGCAGCAAGACAACUAUAAAGUUUUGAAUGCAGCUUAGAAACCAUGCCGUGAUCAUCAACUCAGCUUUUGGUAGUUUAGACACGAUCAACAAUAAAGACAUUUAUGAUAUUCAUUGUAUUCUAACGCAGAUUCUUAUAUGAGGGUUCAUGAAGAAUAGCUUCCAAUUGAGCGCUCUUCCGG